UUCACAGCGAUGGCGACUCGACUCUUCUACGGGACGUAUUGAAACUGGCCUCGGAUAUGACAUAUUUAUUUCUUAACGUGUAAUUUAUUGCAAACCCAGUGCACGGAUCUUCAACUGGAUCAUUCGCGUUUCUAUUCUCAUUGCUUUCUCCCUGAAUUCAAUGUCUUCACUCUAACUGACAUUUUCAAAACAGGAUCAUCAGGAUAGCACCUCAUCUGUUGCUUGUUCUCUUUGACAUAGAUUUGGGGUCCAGUGAGGAAGGCCUGUUCCUUAUCCAGUGACCCACACUCCUUCACAAGGGCCAUGGAGGAGGAGGGUCCGCAGAGCAUGGAAUCUAUCCACGCCAAUCAGAUCUUCCCCAAGAAGCCCCCAGUCCUGGAGGAGGAGAGCCUGCAGGUGCCCUUUCCCGAGCUGCAUGGUGAGUUCACAAAGUAUGUGGGGAGAGCGGAGGAUGCCAUCAUCGCCAUGUCCAGCUACCGCCUCCACAUCAAGUUCAAAGAGUCAAUCGUCAACGUCCCUCUGCAGCUCAUAGAGACUGUGGAGUGUCGUGACAUGUUCCAGCUCCAUGUCACCUGCAAGGACUGUAAGGUCGUCAGGUGUCAGUUCUCCACCUUAGAGCAGUGUCAGGAGUGGCUGAAGCGGCUGAACACUGCGGUCCGCCCUCCGUCUUGCCUGGAGGACCUCUUCUCCUUCCCCUUCCAUGCCUGGUGUGUGGAUGUGUACGCCGGGGAGAAGGAGCAGCACGGGGAGCUGUGCAGGCCAGGAGAGCAUGUGACCUCUUGGUUCAAGAACGAGGUGGAGAGGAUGGGCUUUGACACUCAAAACGCCUGGAGGAUAUCUGACAUCAACAGCAAGUUCCGGCUGUGCUCCAGCUAUCCGCAGCAGCUCCUGGUGCCAGCCUGGAUCACAGACAAGGAGCUGGAGAAUGUGGCAGCCUUCCGCUCCUGGAAGAGGUUCCCGGCCGUUGUGUUCAGGCACCAGAGCAGUGGGGCUGUGAUCGCCCGCUGCGGCCAGCCGGAGGUCAGUUGGUGGGGCUGGAGGAAUGCAGACGACGAGCACCUGGUCCAGUCCAUCGCCAGGGCCUGUGCUGUGGACUGCAGCUCCUGCAAACACCUGGCAAACGGAUCCUACAUCAAUGGAACCAAUGGAAUCAUCGGCGCCAAUGACCUCGUGGACACUGACUUCGAAUCGUCGCUGACGAACAGCUCGGAGGUAGAGACGCUGGCCAUCCAGCCACAAAAGCUGCUGAUCCUGGAUGCCAGGUCAUAUGCAGCCGCUGUGGCCAACAGGGCCAAGGGAGGGGGCUGUGAAUGCCCAGAGUACUACCCCAACUGUGAGGUGGUGUUCAUGGGCAUGGCCAACAUCCACUCCAUCCGCAAGAGUUUCCAGUCUCUGCGCUUCCUCUGCACCCAGAUGCCCGACCCGGCGAACUGGCUGUCUGCUCUGGAGAGCACCAAGUGGCUGCAGCACCUGUCUCUGCUGCUGAAGGCGGCCCUGCUGGUGGUGAACGCUGUGGACCGCGACCACAGACCUGUUCUGGUGCACUGCUCUGACGGAUGGGACCGCACGCCCCAGAUCGCUGCCCUGUCCAAGCUGUUGUUGGACCCAUACUACCGCACCAUUGAGGGCUUCCAGGUGCUGGUGGAGACUGAGUGGCUGGACUUUGGCCAUAAGUUUGCUGACCGCUGUGGCCACGGGGAGAACUCUGAGGACCUGAACGAGCGCUGCCCGGUCUUCCUGCAGUGGCUGGACUGUGUUCACCAGCUCCAAAGGCAGUUCCCAUGCUCCUUUGAGUUCAAUGAGGCCUUCCUGGUGAAGAUGGUGCAGCACUCCUACUCCUGUUUGUUUGGCACCUUCCUGUGCAACAGUGGGAAGGAGAGGGAGGACCGUCAGGUUCGGGAGAGGACCUGCUCCGUGUGGUCACUGCUGCGACCAGCCAACCGCGCCUUGAGGAACAUGCUCUACUCCUCCCACUCCGAGACUGUGCUCCACCCAGUGUGUCAUGUGCGUAACCUGAUGCUGUGGACGGCAGUAUACCUUCCCAGCUCCUCCCCCACCACGCCCUCUGACGAGUCGUGUGCACCCUAUCCUGUGCCAGGCGCCAACCCUGAGGACACUCCCAUGGGCAGACGUCCGAAGACCCGUUCCUUCGAUAACUUGCCCAGCGCGUGUGAGCUGGGGAGCUCGCUUGCCCCCAACCGGCGCUCCAGUGACCCAAACCUGAAUGAGAAGUGGCAGGACCACCGGCGCUCUCUGGAGCUCAACAUCGCUGUGGGGCCCGACGGAGGGGGAGCUCAGGAUGGGCGGGGUAAUGGCCAGCCUGGCGCAGCAGGGCCUCAGGCAGGCACGGCCGACUCUGAGCCGGAGGACAGCCCUGAAGGAGGGCAGACUGAGCUGAGAGACAGAGCCUCCAAGGGGUUGUUAGCAGCAGGAGAAGAGAUGGAGCUCUCCGUUGAGCUGACUGUGGCAGAGGGACAGAUGGAGAACAUUCUCCAGGAAGCAACGGAGGAGGAGGCUGGUGCCGAUGCUCAGAGAGAGGCUAACGCUGCUGCUCCUCCUAUUGCCGUGGCUCAAACUCUGAUUGAUGCUAACGCUAAUGGAACAGGGACAGAGAAAGAGGUCAGCACCAGUGAUGCUGAGACUGAUAAACAAGCUAACAUCAAUGGGGCUGAGACUAUCACUAAUGGGCAUCACCCAGAGAAUGGCACAGAUGAACCUGAGGAGGAGUUUAGUGUCUCUCCAGCCAGUCCCACGGACUUUCCAAAGGAGCAGGAGGCGGUAGAGAAGCCGGAAGAGGAGCUGGUGAAACAGGUUCUGGAGAACUGUACUGCCCAGGAGGAGCCAGACCACAACCCUAGCACCAGCACCCCCAGCCCAGCCCAGCCAGCCCCCGCUGCCCCUAGAACUAUGACCAAUGGCUUUGGAGAGAUGACACCAGAGGCUGCUGAGAAUCACCUUCCACCAGAGCCUAAGUCCAGCAGACACCUCUAUGAGGUCCUGGUGCAGGUUGACAAGGGGGCCUCCCUCAUGGAGAGCUCAACAGAGACUCUGACUGAAGAGGCCUGCACCAGGCCAGAGGCCCCAGUGCAUGUACCCGUCUGCCCAGGCCCCAAGCCCUGCACUGAAGGCAGGAGUCAACCCCCCUGCCACAGGAGAGUGAACGGGGAGGCAGAGCCAGAGCAGGGGGCACCCAGGAUUUCAAAUGGAGGACACAAGCGGCCCUCCAUCAGUGCCUUCCAGUCUUUGAGUGCUGAUCCCAGCAGGGAUGGUCUGUGUAAUGGCGAGAGCUUGGAGGGGGAGCCCUGCAGUGGCCCUCACAAGGUGAAUGGGGAGCGGGCCCCACUGAGCCGCCAGGUGUCCCUGGCCUCCUGCAGCUCCCUGACCCACCACCGCCGGGGAAGCUGCUCCCAGCACCGCUGCCUCCACGCCCUACUGGGGCGCCCCGCUGCCACACCCAGCCCCGAGCAGCCGGCCCGCAGUCACCUGGACGACGACGGGCUGACGCUACACACGGAUGCCAUCCAGCAGCGGCUGAGGCAGAUCGAGGCAGGCCACCAGAUGGAGGUAGAGACACUGAAGAAGCAGGUGCAGGAGCUGUGGAGCCGCCUGGAGAGCCAUCACCACGCAGCAUCCCUCAGGAUCAACGGAGACAUGGGAGACGAAGUGACCUCAAUGACAGACUCGGAGUAUAACCUGGACGCUAACUGCCUGUCACGCUGCAGCACAGAGCUCUUCUCAGAGGCUAGCUGGGAGCAGGUGGACAAGAAUGACAGUGAGGUGACCCGCUGGUACCCGGACCACUUGGCAGCCCAGUGCUACGGGUGUGAGAGUAGGUUCUGGCUCGCCACCAGGAAGCAUCACUGCAGUGACAGGGAGCCUGUCCAAGAGGCCUGGAACUGUGGGAAUGUAUUCUGUGCCAGCUGCUGCGACCAGAAGAUCCCCGUGCCAAGCCAGCAGCUGUUUGAGCCCACCCGUGUGUGUAAGACCUGCUACGGCAGCCUCCAGAUCAAUACAGCUCCCAAUCCCAUGGACCUGGAGCUGGAAGAACCCAUCACAGACAGCUCCAACUAGGGCCCUGGGAGGGGCUAGGCCGGACCCCCCAGCCAAUACCCAGCUAGCCACUGACACAGUCAGGCACAUUGCUGACCAGCUCAGGAGCUGCAGAAUGUCCCAUGUACAUGUGUGUGCUGCAAAAUAUGGAUUUUCAUGUAUAUAGGUCUACAAUGCCAGAUGUAGUGGAGGUCGGUGAACAAGGUGUUUUUGCUAGAUGCUAAGCACUUUGAAUGGUGGUUAUGCACAGGAAUGAAUUAAUGGACAGAUGGACGGGGGGAGGAUGGGUGUGUGACAACACACAGAGGACUGCUGGUAGUGUUCGUCGAGGUAGUGUUGGACUGGGACAGCGAUAGAGCGAGGAUGGCCUGUCUGGUCCUGCUGUCCAGGGGGGCACAAGAGGGUCAUCUCCGAAUGAUGCUGCAAAGUCUUCUUGAGGUCUUGUGUUCAUCUGAAACAUUUUUAAAAGCGUUUUUUACCCCACAUACAUUUCUCUCUUACAGGAGUAGUACCAUCAUCCAUCCCCUAGUUACUUUUCCUGUUGGACAGUGGAGAGAUUUGGGACAGAAUGAAAAACAGCUCGGACAGAAUGAAAAACAGCUCCAGUGCUUCAGAAACCGCUUCCAGUGUCCAGAAUAGGGCUGGACUGUGAUGGCAAGACCUUCCAUUGACUUCUGGGGAACACCUGGAUGAAUUUGGGCAGAAUUUCAACUUGAGUUACGUGUCUGAAGUAAGGACUCUGCCCUAAGCAGGGAGGGGAUUUGGGAGUCACUGAGAUCUAAUAAGUGUUCGUUUGAAUGGCAUCAAAGUAUGAAUCCUCUACUAGCUGGUUCCAUUUUGCCCUCUCUUGGUGUGAAUAAGUGCCACACACCAAUAGCAGACAGAGUGUAGAUAAUGUUGACAGCUGGUAUUAUGACAGAGCUUCUGAACUAAUGGCGCGUUCAAAACAAUACAAGGUAAAAUCAUGACGUCAGUGAUCUUCAGGUCAGAAAGUCGGAGCUCUAGAAAGAGGCCCGAAUUCACGAGUUGAAAU